CGUGGCACAUUAUUGCGGAUUUUAACUGUCGGUGUACUCGUUCGAUCUGACCAUUAGCUUGCGGAUGAUAAGGUGUGUUCGGGAGAGCGCUACAGGAGUGUCUCUCUUUCUGUGUCCCCGCGAAAUUAGGAGGAAAAAUACGUUGUACGGGAAAAUCGCCCAGUGCGCGCGCUCUUGGCGCAGCUCAGUAGCAGAACAGUAGCGGCACUGGUUGGAUCGUGCUGUCGCCGGAUAUUUGAAACACGCACACACGGUGGUAUUGUGAGCAUUCCGUCGCGCAUUUCCCCGUCUACUCCCGGCCCAUUUGUGUAAUCUGGCGUUCGUGCCAGCGUUCCAGCGUUCAUUUUGAGUUGCACAACCAGCAGCUUGGGUGAGAUAUCCUACCAGACAGAACCCCCACAAACAGCCAGUCCCCUAACUUUCCCUAACCCCCGCCCAAUCACACAAGUAUGUCUGACACGGAAGCGGACGCGCACGCCAGCACAAAUGGCAACGCCGGCACGAACGGUACGGCUCCAGCCGCUGCCCCGCUGCUACCCUCACAGAAAGUCCUCGAGGAGGAGGAAGCGGAACGCUUGGCAGAGGAGGAGCGCAAGCGCAACCGGGAGCCACCGAUCAUCUUUACCGAUGUCGACUCAAAACUAGAGCUGGAGCGGCUGGUUGACUUUGUCGACGGGAAGCUGUCGGAGGACGAGCAGGAGGCGGUCGAUCAGCUACACCAGUACCUGCUGCUCGGAGAGGGCGCCUGGACGUUCGGCGACUGCUUCCUGGUGUUUGUCGGCCGCAUCUUCCGGGACCAGCAGUGCUUCUCGACCGAUGUGCGUGUGCAUCUGCUGCGGGCGCUGGCGAAUUGCGCGCUGAAGGAGGACAUCAUUCUGCUGCUCCACCAGGACCGCAAAGAGCACGUGCUGAUGAACUUUGCGCAGGAUAUUGAUCGUCAUCCGCCGGAGGAGCAGCAAUCGAUCGCAUUAUUUAUGUGCAACCUGUUUGAGAAUAACAACGCGUCGGAGUGGCUGCUGUACAUCUCUGAGUGGAGCUACAAUGGGUUGACCACGUCCAACAUCCGGGCGACGACCAAGGUGGCGGUCCACUGUCUGCUGGCCACCUGCCCUCGGUUGCAGGAUAUCGGGACCGCGCUGGUGCACAACAUCGCCUGCAAGGAGGUGAAAACGGUCGUGUUCGAUGACGUCGCGGUCGAGAUUUCCAUGGCGCUUCUGCAGUUCUUCAACAGCUCGCCAACCGAGGAGCAUCUCUUCCGCACGAUGAAAGCGCUCGCUAAAUUUGUGCAGGUCUCCCCAGAUGUGCCACAGUUUGUGCAGAUGAUUGGACCCCAUCCGAAGAACUUCAAGGGCAAAAGCGAACGGGUCGACACCCUGAUCGAGCAGAUCAGCAAGAAGAUACGCUAACUACCUUCCCCCUGGUUACUUUUGUUUGUUCCUCAAACACUCCAACCGACUCUUAUCCUUGGUUUUCUGCUGGAGGUCCUUAAGAUGUUGCAAUUAGUGCGCGUUGUGGUCUGGUCGCGUGUGUUUUCCUAUAUGUCUCACUGUGUCGCUAGAUAUCUUUCUCUCUCUUGCUUUCUCCCUCUUUCUUCGCUUUUAGUUCCAACUCAAGACACAAUGCAUUAGCAAUAGCUCGUAACACACACACACAUACACACACACACACACACACACACACACACACACCACACACACACACACACACACACACA